CAAAUCGUCUCCAACAGCAAACCGUUUCUCACUUCAGCAAAUUCUUUCCCUCUGCACUAUGAAGUUCUCUCUCGCCAUCUGCCUCCUUGCCUGUCUUCUGGCCGUAGUUGCGGCUGCUCCGGCUCAGCCUCGCCUUCCCAAGCUUCGAGAGGCUACCCGCCAAAACUUUGAGUGUCUUCAUCGCGCGCCCCCGGGAUUAGAAUUCUGCUGUUUUGGGGUACCCCCGGGCUACCCUCCCUGCGAAGGCAUAUCGUUUUAGGUCUACUCUCGCCAACUCGGAAGUUGCUGCUGUUCUCUUCCUUUCUUAGGUUGCUUUGAAAAGCAUUUAGUCACCCGACAUUACGCAGCGCACGAACCAGAGAGAUCUCGUAAACAAAAUUAGAAUUUGUGGCCGUUGUGCCCACCUCCCUUUCUGAGA